GCACUGAAAUUUCGGCUUUUGAGGGUGAAGUGAACCCGGUGCGUGCACGACCGAUGCGGUUUGCUGCUGUUGUAAACAUGUGCUUGACUUGAUGCUGGAAGCUCAUAAUCUAUCUAUUUCUUGACUAAUUAUUGAGAAUUAUCCAGCGAAAAGUGACCUGCCGUUAGAAUUUAUACUCCCCAUUACAACUAAGUGAAAGCUACAAAUCGGACAAAUUGAAGAGGUACAUUUUCACAUCGACUAUAUAGGUAACCAAAAAAAAUGAGCUUCCGUGGAGGUGGCCGUGGAGGUUUCGGAGGCGGUCGCGGAGGAGGAGGUGGUGGAGCUGGAGGCUUUCGUGGCGGACGAGGUGGAGGGGGCCGUGGAGGAGGUGGCGGACGUGGUGGCUUCAACAAUCGAGGCAGCUUCGGAAACCGAGAUGAUGGCCCGAAGAAUAUUGUGCCCCUCGGAUACUACGACUAUCCGUGCCAAGAGGAUCUAGUAGCCAAAGUAGAAAUCGAAAAUGUGCCCUUUUUCAAUGCUCCCAUCUAUAUGGAAGGCGAGAAACAAAUCGGAAAAGUUGACGAAAUAUUCGGACAUUUACGAGAUUUCUACGUCUCUAUUAAACUAAUGGACAACAUGAAAGCAGACGGGUUUCAACCAAAGCAGAAACUGUUCAUUGAUUCAGCCAAGUUGCUUCCGUUGGCUAGAUUUUUGCCGGGCAACAACAAGAAGCCUGCCGGACGAGUAGGCAAGCCGGGUGGUGGACGCGGUGGAGGCCGAGGUGGUGGUGGUGGUCGAGGAGGAGGUGGAUUCCGAGGGCGAGGAGGUGGUGGAUUUGGAGGCGGGCGGGGUAGCUUCGGCGGAGGUGGACGAGGAGGUGGUGGUGGAUUCCGAGGAAAUCGAGGAGGUGGCGGCGGAGGAGGUAAACGUUGGUAGUUCUGUUUGCCACAAAAAUAUAAUUUUUUACAAAAAAUAAUAAAACCUUAAAACGUUCAAUAAAAUUUAUAUUUUUUAAGAUAGUCUCUAAGACAUAAUGAUGCGUAAGA